AAUAUAUAUCUAUAUGUUCGCAUGCGUAAAGCUGGACGUCUCUAGAGUGGCUUUAGAGGCUAUUCUGGCCAGGGGGUGGUCAUAAAGCAGAUCCUUUAGGUGGUCUUCCCUGUUAACUAAGGAAUAGUGCAAAUAAGGAAUCAUAGAGCCUGUGUGUCUGCCAAGUCUGCCAAGCUUCAGGGGCGAGCUGGUUGGAGGUCUCUGACCCCUCUUUUUUCAUCACUGGACGCAACAAGAAGAAGCAGGACAAACGAGAAGCAGGCGGCGAGGGACCCGUGAGCCUUUUCUCUUGCUUUUUUUUUUUUACCUUCCAUUCAUAAAACCAUAACAUUUCAUCAUCACAGCAAUGUGAGGCAUUCCUCGUUGCAGGAGGAAGGGUCCCAUUCACAGCUAAAGCUCAGCAGCCCCUUUGGCAUUGCAGUCCUCCCCCUCAUUUUCUUUACAUUUCCAUCUGUUCCUUCCUUCUGCCUUUUCACAACACAAAAGAGGCGAGAGGCAUUGGGUAAAAGUGGGUUGUUUCAGGAGGUGUCGUUGUGUUUGGUGCCGCUACAAAAGGCAGCAGAGCGGGGAGCGGGACACAGUUUUGGAGAUGAUGAAAUAGCCAAGGAAGAGCUGACAAUCACCAGAAGGGGAAUGGCAAUGGGAAGAAGUGCUGCAUGUAGCCAUGACUUGAAACCACUGGUGUUGUCAUUGUGACCGACACUGCUGCUUGGGUUGUGCUGCCGCUGUUGCUAAGCAAAGCCUCUUAUAGCUGAAGUUCGUCGGGGAAACGGUGUUGAGCAUCACUCUACAGCCAUGAAAGGAAGCUCGGAGGAAAGCAUUGCAAGCGCCAGGCCAUCCAACUUGCAAGCGUUCGCUAACAUAUCCACCCUACAUGGCAUAAGUCACAUAUUCGCCUACGGGCACAUGACAUUCCGACGGUUCCUCUGGACUCUCUCUUUCCUCGGCUCGUUGUGCUUAUUGCUGUUGGUGUGCAUGGACCGAGUGUCCUACUACCUGGAGUACCCUCACGUCACCAAGCUGGACGAGGUGGCGGCGACGAACCUCACCUUUCCCGCCAUCACCCUCUGUAACCUCAACGAGUUCCGUUUUACCAAAAUCACCAAGAACGACCUUUAUCACGUUGGGGAGCUUCUCGCCCUCCUCAAUAAUAACCACCAAAUAGCCAACCCACAUUUGGCGGAACCAGAGGUACUCGCCGCCCUUAAGGAGAAGGCUAACUUCCAUAACUUCAAGCCCAAACUGUUCAACAUGACUGACUUCUAUAACCGCACGGGUCAUGACAUUGGCGACAUGCUACUGCAGUGCACCUUUCGAGGGGAUGUUUGCUACUCGGUGAACUUCACCACGAUCUACACACGCUACGGGAAAUGCUACACUUUCAACUCGGGAUUAGACGGCAACCCUCUGUUGACCACGCUGAAAGGAGGCACGGGUAACGGCCUGGAGAUCAUGCUGGACAUUCAGCAAGAUGAAUACUUACCUGUGUGGGGGGAUACAGACGAGACCUCCUACGAAGCGGGAAUCAAGGUUCAGAUCCACAGCCAGGAUGAGCCGCCCUUCAUUGACCAGCUGGGAUUUGGCGUGGCCCCCGGUUUUCAAACUUUUGUGUCAUGUCAGCAGCAACUGCUUCAGUACCUCCCUCCCCCUUGGGGAGACUGCAAGUCUACUCCCAUCGACUCGGAGUACUUCUCCACCUACAGUAUCACCGCUUGCCGCAUUGACUGUGAAACCCGCUACCUGCUGGAGAACUGCAACUGCAGAAUGGUUCACAUGCCCGGGACCUCAACUGUGUGCACACCUGAGCAGUACAAAGACUGCGCUGACCCUGCACUAGACUUUUUGGUAGAGAAAGACAACGAUUACUGUGUGUGUCAGACCCCCUGCAACAUGACUCGCUAUGGCAAGGAGCUGUCCAUGGUUAAGAUCCCCAGUAAGGCAUCUGCUAAAUAUCUGGCUAAGAAAUUCAACAAAACUGAGCAAUAUAUUGGAGAAAACAUAUUGGUUUUGGACAUCUUCUUCGAAGCUCUGAAUUAUGAGAAGAUCGAGCAGAAAAAGGCCUACGAAAUAGCCGGGCUUCUCGGUGACAUAGGAGGUCAGAUGGGGCUGUUUAUAGGGGCCAGCGUGUUAACAAUACUGGAAAUAUUCGACUACCUAUAUGAGGUGUUCAAGGACAAAGUUUUGGGUUACUGCAUGCGCAAGAAGCGACCACAGCGCUGCCAAAGUGACAACCUGGAGUUUCCAGAGACCCCAAGCAGCCCUGGUGUCACGCCUAAUCAUGCCCCCAGAGCACCUGUGACACCCUCCGGAGUCACUCGGACAGUCUCGGAUUCACGCCGAACAUGUUACCUCGUCACCCGACUCUAGGCAACUUUGAGGAAUUUUCUUGUUGAUGGCGUGACUUGACGUGUCCAUCCAAACUGUGAAAUAACUUCCAUGUUUAUCAGAACCAAGUGUAUAGUAGACUUGAUCAAUGCCUGAAUAGAAAUAGAAUACUAUCAUUAGCGGAGGACAAACAGGAACAUUACCAAGACACAACUCAGGUUUAACCACAGUAUUCACUCAUUCAUCUCCUCACACCUCCACUUGAAGUAGUACCACAGUACAGUACUACUAAAGUCAUGAAAGAACUGUUUUGUGUACUAUCUUAAUUAUUAAUAGUUGCCUUUUAGCUUCAUCAAUGCUUCUUGCUAAUCAGAAAACUGUGACUAAAACCCCAGAGGUAUAACAAUUGAAACAUGUAUUGUGAUAUUGAGAAUGUGAAGGUUGAAAACCUUGCAAGACUUUUCCUUUCAUUUCAAAGAAGGAGCAUUUAGCUUUGCCUUCAACAAUGAACAAUGUGUCUUAAGUUUAUUGGUGCCAUAUAUAUAUAUAGAUAUACACACACACUAAAUUGGCCGUAGUGUGUGAAUGUGAGUGUGAAUGUUGCCUGUCUAUCUGUGUUGGCCCUGCGAUGAGGGGCCAACUUGUCCAGGGUGUACCCCGCCUUCCACCCGAAUGCAGCUGAGAUGGGCUCCAGCAUCCCCCGCAACUCCGAAAGGGACAAGCGGUAGAAAUGGAUGGAUGGAUGUAUAUAUAUAUAUAUAUAUAU